AGCAGACACGAGAUGAAUAUAUUCGAAAUUAUGCUAUGUGUACCACUUGCGGCACACCUCGCAACUACACUGGAGCUCGAUUUGAACGACCCGAACUCGAUCAAAAAUGCCGCCAAGUCAGCCGCGCAAGGAAUGAUGAAGUGGUACACUGGUGACACGAUGGUUGGUGGUAUACCAGGCCUUCUGCCAGGCCCGUACUACUGGUGGGAAGCAGGUGCGAUGUUUGGAGCCAUCAUAGAUUACUGGUACUACACCGGCGAUGACACCUAUAACGACAGAACAAUGAAGGCAAUGCAGUUUCAGAUCGGCCCGGACGAUAAUUACAUGCCUCCAAACCAGAGCAAAUCUCUUGGAAAUGAUGACCAGGCUUUCUGGGGUAUUGCUGCGUUGACAGCGGCAGAGGUCAACUUUCCGAACCCUCCAGCCGGACAGCCGCAAUGGCUUGCACUUGCACAAGGUGUUUUCAACUCACAAGCUCCGCGCUGGGAUACUGCCAGUUGUGCUGGAGGCCUGAAAUGGCAGAUAUCUCCUCUGAACAACGGGUACAACUAUAAGAACUCCAUCUCCAACGGCUGUUUCUUUAACAUGGCAGCACGCUUGGGACUCUACACUGGCAAUUCAAGCUACCUCGACUGGGCGGAAAAGACAUGGGACUGGGUGGCCGGACCUGUGGGCCUGAUCGACAACCAAUCCUACGUCUUCGAUGGCUCCGACGAUACGAUCGAUUGCACCAAAGUCAGCCAUCUACAGUGGUCGUACAACGCGGGCGUAUUCCUGUACGGUGCGGCCGUGAUGUACAAUGCUACUGAAGGCGAUACUCGAGCCAAGUGGCAGACCCGUACCCGAGGACUUCUCACAGGAAUCGUGUCCAUCUUCUUCCAGAAUCAGACCAUGACAGAGGUUGCGUGUGAGAGUGGCGCCAAUUGUAACAUUGAUCAACAGACGUUCAAAGCAUACCUUGCCCGGUGGAUGGCAGCUUCGGUCAAAGUCGCGCCAUGGACUCAUGAAACUAUUAUGCCUCUUAUCAGAGCUUCUGCGUUAGCGGCAGCGAGAUCGUGCACAGGAGGCGACGACGGACAAACCUGCGGCACCGACUGGCUGUCAGGAGAAUGGGACGGAGCAUUCGGUGUAGGACAGCAAAUGAGUGCUCUUGAAGUAAUUCAGUCGACGAUGAUUGACACCGUGCCAGGUCCGUUGGGAAAUGGCACAGGAGCAACAUCUACGGGCGAUCCUGGUGCUGGCACGGGAGGGCAAUGGGAUAUCGAGGUUGUUCCCAACGCUAUUACCACAGCAGAUCGAGUCGGUGCUGGCAUUUUGACUGCUACUGUCGUGGGCGGUUUCGUGGGCUGCUUUUAUUGGAUGCUGAUUUAGAUGCAUAAAUGCUCUUUUGUUUUCAAAGAAAAUGAAGUUUGCAAAAGGAGCCGGUAGUAAGUAUAUUGCGGAUACAGUCGAUGUUGAUGUUGAUGUUGUUAUUUUGUGCCCCUUAGAGACCAAGUAGGUAGGUAAUCCACUAUUUU